AUGCCAUCGAUCCUCAGUGAGGAAGACAAGGAGACCGUCAAGCGAGUCGUACCCAAGCAGACGAACAAGAUCCAGGCUGUGGCUGUCGCCAGGUUAUAUGUCGCAUACCCGAACCGGUCAAAAUGGACCUACACUGGACUCCAGGGAGCCCUCGUCCUCUCCAACGACCUGGUGGGGAACACAUACUGGCUGAAGCUGGUAGACGUCUCCCCUGCCGGUCGAGGCGUGAUAUGGGACCAAGAGAUCUUUGACACCUGGUCCUAUAACCAAGAUCGAACCUUUUUCCACUCCUUCGAGCUCGAGGACUGCGUAGCGGGACUGUCCUUCAUCGACGAGAAAGAGGCGAAGCAGUUCAAGAAGAAGAUGGACGAACGGGAAAAGAACGCAUCGAAGGCUACAAGAAACACUCCGUUCGGUGGUGCUGCACCCCAACCACAAAAGUCUGGUUUCUUCGGUGGCAUCUUUGGAGGACAUAGGCAUUCCUCCGCCCCGUCACCAACACCCCCCGUGUCCCCACGAAGCAGCCUGCCGCAACUGCAGUCACAUGGCAGAACGUCUUCCGGAAACGUCAAUGGCUUCCAUAAACCGCCAUCCGAGUUCGCUAAGCUGGAGGCAUACGAUCCCAACUGGCGAGGGAACUUUGGCAACUUCUUGUCGGAGCAGGGCCUCACGGACGAGUUCAUCAAGGACAACCAAGACUUUAUUGUUGACUUCUUGAAGGAACAAGGAGGAGGAAUCCCCGGCCAGUCCACUGCACCGACACCAGCGCCUCCACCACCUCCUCCACCUGUGAAUGGAAUGAGCAGCCACGCUCGAGCGCCUCCUCCGCCGCCUCCUGGUGGUCCACGGCCACCGAUUGAAAGCGUAGCAACGUCGGGAUCACGUGGAGCUCCGCCACCUCCACCGGCGCCGCGAAGAUCGGCUAAAUCAGAGUCGAUCAUCCCGCGAGAACCAACGCCUCCGCGGGAACCCACACCACCACGUCCGCGAUUCAAUGCUCCUCCUGCGUUGCCAGAUGCUGGCAAGUUCGCCCAUGUUGAGCCUCAGCGAGCCGCACCUGCUGGACCUCCACCCCCUCCGAGGCCACCGAAGACUCCAAUGGAUGACAAGGAGGAAAAGCCCGGUCAUAGGUUUGGGGUGCCUCCGGCUUUCGCCGGCCAGAGACUGAACAGCGUGCCGCCGCCGCCGCCACCGGCUAGGGGUCCGGUGCCUCCUCCACCACCACGUGAGCAGCAGUAUCAUCCAACACCACCACCACUACCUCCGAGUCUUCCACCCAAGGCUCCAGGUGGAAGUGCGCCGCCACCACCACCUCUGCCAACAGCAUCACGGCCCAUUCCCGCGCCACCUCCAAGAAGCACUCCUCCUCCACCACUGCCAGCAUCGAACGCGCCUCCUCCGCCUCCUUUACCGCAAUCAUCGGCACCGGCGCCUCCGCCUCUCCCACCUCCAUCUGCGAGGCCGCCACCACCAUCCGGCGCUGGCGCGCCUCCUGCACCGCCUCCGCCUCCUCCUCCUCCCGGUGGUGCUGGCAUGCCUCCUCCCCCGCCACCUCCAGACCGUGACUCUGGCUAUGCCUCAACCGCGCCAGCGGUACCAAAGGUGGAGCCCGCUCGUGGCGCUUUGCUGGGUGAUAUACAGAAAGCCGGUGGUAUCGGUGCGCUCAGGAAAGUGGAUAAGACUCAGGUCAGAGACAGAAGUGCAGCCGCAGUCGGAGGAGCAGGGCCAGAUACAGGGCCGCACGGUAGUGGGCUGCCACCCGCUGGCGUCGCUCCCGGGGCCGGAGGCGGCAUGGCUGACGCGCUUGCUGCCGCCCUGCAGAAGCGCAAGGCGAAAGUUCGUGAUAGCGAUGACGAGAAGAGUGACGACGAAUGGUAG